AUGGCCAUCAAGAACGUGAACUACGCGCUCCUCGGCGUCGGCGGCGUCGGGUCGGCGCUCGUCGACGCCAUAGCCGGCGCCCGGGACCACCACCUCAAGACCUACGGCGUGAAAUUGACGGCGUGCCUCGUCGCCGAUUCCUCGGGCGCCCUCGUGGCGAAGGGCGGCUUAGACGACGCGGCGCUCCGGGGCGCCGUCGCGGCCAAGGCCAAGGGCGAGAAGGUGUCGAGCUUGGAGGGCGCGAUCGCCGCCGCCGACGUCGCCGAAGCCGUCGCGGGCCUCGGCCCCGGCACGGUCGUCGUCGACUGCUCGGCGACGGACGCGACGGUGCCCCUGCUCAUCCGCGCCGUCACCGGCGGCCAGAAGGUCGUGUCCGCGAACAAGAAGCCGUUCAGCGGGCCCCAGGCCGACUACGACGCCCUGUGCGGCCAGCCCCGCUUCGUCGACCGCGUGCGCCACGAGUCGAGCGUCGGCGCGGGCCUGCCGGCCAUCGCGGCGCUCCAGCGGCUGGUCAUGGCCAACGACCCCGUGAAGAAGAUCAGCGGCACGUUCUCGGGGACUUUGGGCUACGUCAUGACGGGCCUGCAGGCCGGCCGGCCCUUCUCGGAGAUCGUCCUCGAGGCGAAGCAGUUGGGCUACACGGAGCCGGACCCGCGCGACGAUCUAGGAGGCGUCGACGUGGCGCGCAAGGCGCUGAUCCUCGCGCGCGGCCUCGGCUGGCGGCUCGAGAUGAGCGACGUCGACGUGACGCCGCUCUACCCGCCGGAGCUCGCGGCGUUGAGCGUGCCGGACUUCCUCGCGGCGCUCCCGGGCCUCGACGCCGGCUUCAAGGCCAAGGCCGACGCGGCGGCGGCGGCGGGCGAGGCGCUCCGCUACGCGGCGAACGUCGAGGACGGGAAACUGACCGUGGGCCUCGCGUCCGUGGCGCUGGCGUCGCCGCUGGGGUCCCUGUCGGGCACGGACAACCUGGUCGAGUACUACACGCAGUGGUACGACCCGUCGCCGCUCGUCGUCCGCGGCGCGGGCGCGGGCGCGGGCACGACGGCGGCCGGCGUGCUGGCGGACAUGCUCGAGCUCGCGUUCACGCCCUAG